AGACGAGUGCCGGAAGUAGCGUUCUCUCAGCCGGAACUAGUGAUGGAGUAGGAAGCUGAAGAUGGAAGCCGCAGUGUUUAUUCUGUCUUUGGUCGACUGCUGCGCGUUAAUUUUCCUGUCGGUGUACUUUAUUAUCACACUGUCGGAUCUUGAAUGUGAUUAUAUUAAUGCCCGGGCCUGCUGUUCAAAGUUAAACAAAUGGGUCAUACCCGAACUAAUUGGCCAGGCUCUGGCCACAGUGUUGAUGCUAGUCUCCAUGCACUGGUUCAUUUUCCUCCUCAAUCUGCCUGUGGCAUCGUGGAACAUUUACAGAUAUGUGAAGGUUCCUAUGGGUAACAUGGGAGUGUUUGACCCUACGGAGAUUCACAAUAGGGGGCAGCUGAAGUCCCAUAUGAAGGAGGCCAUGAUCAAACUGGGUUUCCACCUACUCUGCUUUUUCAUCUACUUGUACAGCAUGAUCCUGGCACUGAUCAAUGAUUGAUGCCCUUCAGACGUGAGAACCUAAACUGCCAAAUCAUAAACUGUCCGCUCUGUGCCGUGAAGGACUACAGUCGUCAGUCGCAGCCAGAGCCACAUCAAGAAAACACACUCCAUCAGACACCUCAUUCUUAGCAUAAACCCUUCCCCUUACUGUAAUAACAGUUUUGCAAUCUGAAAGCUGCCCCGGAUCAACUUGAGAGACAGAUGUUCUUAUGUAUUCUUUACUUAUGUAUUUGCUACGAAGUACAGCUCUAUGUUGUUGCUUUAUUAGCUUUUUGUUCAGGUGGCUCUAAAGACCCUACAUUGCUCACAACAUGCACUGCUUCUCAGGGCUGGAGCAACAUGACAAUCGCACUGACUCAUCGGGGUGACUGAUUGGCUUAGAGCUUGUCAGCAUGUCAUCUUGGCAAGCUUGUCUUAAAUAUGCUGUCAUCGUACAUGUGUCCACCUGUCUCCAAGAUGGAUCAUUUUUUUAUUGUUAGUUGCUGGAAUACUUUUUUUUUAUACAAUGUUUUAUUGUUAGUCAGUUAUCAGAGUAGUUGUGGCUCCAAAUGGGUUAUGUAAUGGGAUAAAUAGGAUAUGUAAUUAAUAAGCACAUCUUACGUUUACAAGCAUGCUUUAAUGUACUUUAAAUUGGAAUAUAUGGUAUUUUGUUAGGCUUCAUCCAAUGUCACUGUCUCUGCUGUUUUCUGCUUUAUGGUUACUAUGUUUUUAGGUAGUUUGAUCACAUUGGUAGAUAUCGUUACCUCUGUGCCUUCUGGUUUUCAUUUUAACAAAUGCAUUCAUUCAUCUGUAAAACUGAUUUGUUGAUUUGAGCGCCAUUGUCUCAUCUUAGUAUUGGUAUCUCAAAGUGUCCAGUUAGAAUGAAAAACACUAUGCUCAGGGGUAAUAAACUGGGGAACUGCUGGCUUAUUAAUAUUAAUGUACAUUUGGUCAUAGUCUCUUUCAUGGCAGUGCACUAUGGUCUGUUCAGCUAUAGCAUUUCUCACCUGUAAGUAAUAGUUCCAUGCAUGCUCCAAUUUUAUUCACAUUAAUUAGCUUUCCACCUGAAUGAGCUGGCUAACCAACCCGGCCCUGCGGAGUUUAGCCCCUGCCGUAAUCGUUACACCCCUGAUUAAGUUAAUUAGGGGUUAGAGGUUUUCAGUCAAGAAUGGCCCAAAAUCACACAGUUAUCAGCUGAAAGGUCCUGCUCUUCAACACUCAUUGACGUAUGUGUGAGUGAAGGUUGUUUUUCAGCUGCAAAACAUUGUAGGACAGUCUUUUUUGUCUCUGAACUGCUGGAUGUUUCACUGCUCAGUGAAUUCUGCAAGAACAAGUUCUAGAGUAUUUGUUUACUUGGCACUAAUUUAGUCUUAAAACUAUGUAAGUUCAAACUUGAGAAUUUAUCAGACAGCUUUUUAAGUCAGUCAGUUUCCUGAUCCUAGUCACAGACACUGGGAAUGUUUGAACUUCCUCAGUCGUUUGCAGUUAGACAUUUUGAACAUUCAUACCUGUUCAGUGAUGUAUUACUGAGAAUGUAUACACUAGUGUUCAUAAGUGUGGAAUGACCAUUCAGAAGUUGGGGAUCACUUUUUUACUUCAAUACAACAUGAUGCUACCACUCUGCAACUUCAAAUAUUUCAACUAAUUAGUAGGAAGCUGUGGAAAAAGGAAGACAUUUUAGAUGUGCCUAGAAUGAUGAACAGAGCUGCAUAUGAUUCCUUAAUAAAAUUGAGAAUGAAAUUGUACGAAAAUUAACAUUCAGAUUGCCUCAUAUUUGAAAUGUGGUAGUCAAAUCUCAGAUGGCUUAUCAAGAUUUUUGUCUUGCUGUGGGAAUGGGGUGGGCAGCCUUUUGCUUCAGUGAGGGUAGUCUCUGUCCACCCUCUUCUUUUGCUUACUCAUUCUCUGAGCCAGUUUUAUCUGGAAAUUCCUCUCUUCAAAGAAAGUGAAGAGGACAUUGAAUGAAGAAAGAAAGAUGCACCCCUGAAGGUUCUAGUUGAUACAGCUGUAAAAGGACAUCUAAAAUACCCUGUUGUUAAUUCUACCAUUUUCUAGUUCAUUCUUUCAAAUGGAAUCUGCUGACUUUAAUAAAUGCCUUUUAUGUGGCACGUGGAUUUUGCCAAAGGGUUUUUCAAGACAAAGUGUUUUUAAGGCGUUUAUUUCAAAGCCUCACCAAAAGCAUGUUCCCAAGAAGUGAGUUUUUGGGACACACUGAUUCUCUAAUAGUACUGUAUCUGGGAUAUCAUGGAUUAAGAGGAUACUCAACAGAGCAUUUAUUUAGAUCACAGGGGAGAUAUAUUUUGUGUGCUUAAAUGAAUAUCCACUUACAGUGUACAGUAUUUUACAUAUAAUGGUUUAACAGUAUCAGUAUUUAGUGUUUGUCCCAUAUUCAACAACAGGAAAUCUAUCACACUAUAAAUAUAAUUAAAAAAAGAAAACUUA